AAUCGUCAACUUCGCCUGUUCCAAUUGCUAAUGACGUCACUUUCUAAUGACGUCAUUAGCUUUCCGGGUGUUAUUGUCUAUUUGAUCCCGGAAAAAGAAUGUAAUUAACCAAUCACAAUACAGAGCACACGACAGUCAGUUUACAAUGCAGGAUAAAUUGUAAAUACAACCUGUGUUUAAAAAAAGAAAAAAAGAAAAGAAAACAAGUUUCAUUGGUUGACAAGACUUGAUACUUGGCAAUAAGACGACCAACGGAGCCGCUCUGUGGGUUUUACUUAUGUCAGGAGCCGUUGCCAUGGGGACAGAAUCGAACACCGUGGAAUACGUGAAGGACAAGGUCGCGGCAACGCCGGACGCGAACACGAACACGAACGCGAACACCGCCACGAAGAGCGCCGACGAGACGAACUUCCCAUCCAUCAUCGAGAUCAAGAAGACCAUCCCGCCCCACUGUUUCGAGCCCUGCGUCGCCACCUCCUUCUACUACGCGGCCAAAGAUCUCUUCAUGGUUGCCUUGCUGUACGCCGCAUCCGAGGCCAUGUGGCAGGUCUUGCCGGCGUACGUGGCGUUGGCGCUGACGCCGCUCUACUGGCUACUGCAGGGCACCUACCUGUGGGCGAUCUUCGUCGUCGGCCACGACUGCGGCCACGACUCGUUCUCGAAGAGCGUCCCGCUCAACGACGUUGUCGGCACCGUGCUGCACACGCUGGUGUUCGCGCCGUACUACUGCUGGAAGCUGUCGCACCGCCACCACCACAAGAACACGGGCAACAUCGACCGCGACGAGGUCUUCUACCCGAUCCGCUCCGACGACGGCAGCAAGGGCAUGCAGGCGCUGCCGGGGUUCGGCCUCGGGGUCGCCUGGUUCAUCUACCUGAUGACGGGCUACCACGACCGCCCUGUCUGCCACUUCAACCCGCUGGACGCGCUCUUCAAACGGCACGUCGCCGGCUGCGCCGUCUCCGUGGCCAGCAUCGCCGUCUGGUGCCUGGUGCUGUGGCGCUACGUGAGCGCGUUCGGCGCCGCGAGCUUCGCCUACCACUACGCCGUGCCGCUGUUCGUCUCGACGACGUACCUGGUGAUCGUCACGUUCCUGCACCACAACGAGGUGGAGAUUCCCUGGUACGCCGACUCCGAGUGGAGGAACGUCAAGGGUCAGAUCAGCUCCGUCGACCGCGACUACGGCUGGUGCCACGAGCUCACGCACAACAUCGGCACGCACCAGAUCCACCACCUGUUCCCCAAGAUCCCGCACUACCACCUGGAGGAGGCCACACGUCACUUCCGGAAGACGUUUCCGGACCUGGUGCAUAUAUGCAACGAGCCCAUCAUACCGGCGUUUGUGCGCAUGUUCAAGACCUUCGUACAACAGCACGUGAUAGGAAAAGACGUCGUUAUACAUAUAUACAAGAAGUAGGGUCUGAAUGGUAAUAAUUAGCGGUGUGAUGAUAAUUAGAUCUCCAAUCUUGACGAAUUAUCAUGUGAUGUAUAUUUAUUGCAUUUGCAAACCUUCGAUUAUGUUCGCUAAGCGUUCAAAUGAUCAUCGGAAAUCUUCGUUUAGGCUUAUGGUGAGGCACCAAGUGCCUCACACGAGGACGCGGAGCGCCCGAGUUGCUUAGUGGGGUCCGGGGGCAUAUUGGGACCGUCCCCCGAUCCCACAUUGCUUACGGACCUACAUCGGCCAAAUUAAAAAAAAAAAAACUUUUUUUUUAAAUUUCCUGUUAACAGCCGGGCAUUUACAUGUGUUUGGCAUCUAUUUAAUGCAGACAAAUUACGUAAUAAUGGAAUAGCCUAAAAAUCGCGGUAAAGAUUAAAGAAAAUGAUUUUUUUUAUAUAUUUCUAAUGUUUUAAUAGUAGAUUUAGUACUCUCGUUGUGUAAGUAAAUCCAUCCUACGCUAUUAUAAACAAGACAAUUUAAAGUUUCAUUCAUCACCACCGUACAUUGUUUUUACAUGACUAUAAACCUUCCCUUCUAUGAUGUCACAUUGAUCCGAUAUCGGCGCUUGGCGAACAUAAUCGAACAUUUUCAACUAAUAUUUAUUGCUUCCAGUGGGGUAAUUCGGAGAUAAGAAUGGUCUUCCAUCGACGAUUGGUUGAUUUUGUUUUAAUUAAACGGCCAAUCAACGAUGGGCGAACCAGUGGCAUAAUAUACAUUAUUCUGUCGUACCAUUUGUAGAUAUACAUAUUUGUUUUUGGAUGGUAGAGAUUCACAUAUAAUGUAUGUGGUUAUUACACAACGAGGUUUCAUAGUAUGGGAAUUGUACAUUGUAUUGAAGUUUGUUAAUUGUAUUUCUCGGAGUGAAAGUUGAAAAGUAACAGAUGUGUUUAGGUAGAUAAGAAAUAUUUUUGAGAUCGGGGAUUGCUUUUGGGCAUUAUAUAUAUAUAUAUAUUAUAUUUUAUUUUAUUUUAUUUUUGGUGGGGGGGGGGGGGGGGGGGAUUACAACCCAAAAGUGAUUGAGAUUGGGAGUUCCGACCUUAAAGUGACUGAUCAGGGAACAUUUUGUUCAGUUUGAACUUUCGCAUCGCGAUUCACUAGGCGUGUUUCAGAGAUCGUUUCACAAUUUUAAAACAUUAAAAAGUAGUUGCUAAUCAAUUUUAAUAGACUAGAAGAAUCGCUAAUCAAGACUUUGAAAGCAAAAUGUUCCCUGUUGAAAUAUGGAAUGUAGAAUUGCAUCCCUAUAUGAUUGAGAUAGGAAACUGCCACCCUAAAGCGACUGAAAUAGGGAAUUAUAUCCCUAUGUGAAAUGGGGAAUUAUAUCCCUAUGUGAUUAAAAUAGUGAUUAAUAAGUUACCAUGAUAGGGAAUUACAUCUAAUGUGAUUGAGGUAGGAUAUUACAACUUAUGUGACUGAGGUGGAAAAUUACAAUCACCAUGUGACUGAGAUAUGGAGGUAAAAAAAACUAAUGUUAUUUAAAUGUGGAAUUACAUCCCUAUAGUGAUUUUGAAAUAGGGAAUUACCACCCUAUAGUGAUUGAAGUAGGGAAAUACAACCGAUAAGUUACUAUGAUAGGAAUUACAUCCCUAAAGUGAUUAAGGUAGGGAAUUACAACUCUCGGAUGACUGAGAUGGGGAAUUACGACCAUUGAGUUACUAUGGUGGGGAAUUGAAAUCCUUGAGUGAUUGAGAUAGGGAAUUACGAUCAUUACGUUAUUAUGACAGGGAUAACUGAGAUGGGGAUUUACGACCAUUAAGUUACUAUGGUAGGGAAUUGAAACCCUUGAGUGACUGAGAUAGGGAAUUACAAUCAUUACAUUAUUAUGAUAGGGAUUUACAACCCUUGAGUUGUUAUGGUAAUUAUAGCUUUUAUGCAGUAUAUACAGUGUGGUUUAGAGAUCUGGGGCCUAUUUCAAUAAACAUCGUAAGUUUACGUCUGCUAUUAGCAGUUAUACCGGUCGUGCGUUUACACGUGUUUGGCAUCUAUUUCACGCAGAAAAUUGCUUCAUUACGGAAGUUGGAGCAUUUUAAGGACAAAAGAA